AUGGACCUCCUUCCAGAUUUCUCCAUCGAGACUUGGGUGUUUCUAACCGCAUUCAUAAGCCUACUGAUGCUAUACGGGAUCUGGCCUUAUGGCGUCUUCAAGAAGCUGGGCAUCCCGGGACCAACGCCGGUCCCUUUCUUCGGCACUACGCUAGCCUAUCGCCAUGGGAUAAUGAAGUUUGAUGAAGACUGUUAUAAGAAAUAUGGAAAAGUCUGGGGGUUUUAUGACGGUCGAACGCCCGUGUUGGCUAUCACCGAUCCGGCCAUCAUUAAAGCGGUCCUGGUGAAAGAGUGCUACUCAGUCUUCACCAACCGCCGGGACUUUGGCCCGGCAGCUGAGCUGGAUACUGCUGUUUCCAUAGCAAAAGAUGAGCACUGGAAAAGGAUCCGGACCGUGCUCUCACCGACCUUCACCAGCGGAAAGCUAAAAGACAUGUUUCCCAUCAUCGUUCACCACACAAAUAGCCUCUUGAAAAAUAUCCAAGUAAAAGCAGAGAGGGGAGAACUGCUGGACAUUAAAGACCUGUUUGGAGCCUACAGCAUGGACGUCGUCACCAGCACCUCCUUCGGCGUGACCACCGACUCCAUGAACAACCCCGAAGACCCCUUUGUCAAGGAGGCACAGAAGCUUGUGAAGCUUGAUUUUGCCGCCCCUCUCUUCAUUUUGCUGUAUGUGUUCCCAUUCCUCACUCCUCUGCUGAAGAUGAUGGGCAUGAGUAUUUUCCCCCGCGAUGCCACCAAGUUCUUUGCAAAAUCAGUCGCCAAAAUCAAAGAGAGUCGGGAGAAAGGGAAGGAAAAGGGCAGAGUGGAUUUCUUGCAACUGAUGAUAGACUCCCAGAAAUCAAGCAGCUCAAAUGGAAGUAAUGGGGUGGCUCACUCCUAUAAAGCUUUAACAGACAACGAGGUCCUGGCGCAAGCGAUUAUCUUUAUAUUUGCGGGAUAUGAAGCGAACAGCAACAUUCUCGGCUACUUGGCUUACGAAUUAGCCAUCCACCCCGACGUCCAGCAGAAACUGCAGGAGGAGAUUGACUCGGCUCUGCCCGAUAAGGCUCCCUUCACCUACGAGAGCAUCAUGCAAAUGGAAUACCUUGACAUGGCGGUGAACGAGAUCCUCCGGCUGUACGCUCUCGGCGGGCGGCUCGAAAGGGUGUGCAAGAAGGAUGUGGAGAUCAACGGCCUCAUCAUUCCAAAAGGGGUUGUGGUGAUGGUCCCGCCGUACGUCCUGCAUCUUGACCCAGAAUAUUGGCCUGAGCCCAAAGAAUUUAGACCUGAAAGGUUCAGCAAAGAGAUGAAAGAGAAGAUAGAUCCCUACGUGUUCAUGCCUUUUGGAGCCGGUCCCCGAAAUUGCAUCGGAAUGAGGUUCGCUGUCCUGACAAUAAAGGUGGUGAUUGUCGGCCUGAUGCAGCAUUUCAGCUUCAAGCCCUGCAAGGAAACACAGAUCCCUUUGGUGCUGACUUCGAAAGGAUUCACAAGACCCUCCAAACCGAUCAUCCUGCAACUGGCCCCCAGAGCUUGCCCCGCACAUUAG